ACAGCGCGGGCCAUGGGGGACACGUUCAUCCGCCACAUCGCCCUCCUGGGCUUUGAGAAGCGCUUUGUCCCCAGCCAGCACUAUGUGUACAUGUUCCUGGUGAAGUGGCAGGAUCUGUCUGAGAAGGUGGUUUACCGGCGUUUCACUGAGAUCUACGAGUUCCACAAAAUGCUGAAGGAGAUCUUUCCCAUCGAGGCGGGGGACAUCGACCCCGGGAGCAGGAUCAUCCCCCACUUGCCUGCCCCACGGUGGUUCUACGGGGGGCAGCGGGCAGCCGAGAGCCGCCAGGGCACACUCACGGAGUACUGCAGUGCGCUCAUGAGCCUGCCCCCCAAGAUCUCCCGCUGCCCCCACCUCCUGGACUUCUUCGAGGUGCGCCCCGAAGACCUCAAGCUCCCCGCCGCGGACAGCCAGGUGAAGAAGCCAGAGACCUACCUGAUUCCCAGCAAUGGCCAGAACAGCGUGGCGGACAUCACGGGGCCCAUCAUCCUGCAGAGCUACCGCGCCAUCGCCGACUACGAGAAGAGCUCGGGCUCCGAGAUGGGCCUGACCGCGGGGGACACGGUGGACGUGGUGGAGAAGAGCGAGAGCGGCUGGUGGUUCUGCCAAAUGAAGAUGAAGCGUGGCUGGGUGCCCGCAUCCUACCUGGAGCCCUUGGACAGCCCCGACGAGGCUGAGGACCCAGAGCCCAACUAUGCAGGAGAGAACUAUGUCAGCAUCCGAGCGUACACGGCUCAGCAGGAGGAUGAGAUGUCCCUUGAGGAGGGCGAGGCCAUCGAGGUCAUUCAUAAGCUCUUGGACGGCUGGUGGGUCAUCAGGAAGGAAGAUGUCACCGGUUACUUCCCGUCCAUAUACCUGCAGAAGGCGGGCGAGGACCAGGCCCGCGUCAAACGCCAGAUCAAGGCUCGAGGGGCCCCGCCGCGCAGGUCGUCCAUCCGCAACGCGCAAAGCAUCCACCAGCGCUCUCGGAAGCGCCUCAGUCAGGACACCUAUCGGCGCAACAGCGUCCGCUUUCUGAAGCAGAGCCGGGGCCAGGUUCGGCCAGGGCUGCAGCGGUCCAGGAGUCCACUGCCGGAGCAGCGGCAGAAGCCACAGCCUGCGGUGCCUCCGCGGCCCAGCGCGGACCUCAUCCUGAACCGCUGCAGUGAGAGCACCAGGCGCAAGCUGGCGUCCGUCGUGUGAGGCCCGGGCGCGAUCCCGACUGCACCGUGGCCCCUCUGCUUCCUCCCGCCCCCAUCCCUGUACAUAAGGUGUAUAGAGCCCGGUGUCCGGGCACUGAGGGCAGCCUGAGC